GUGAGAUGAAAACGAGGCUUCGAGUCUCGGGAGGCGAGUUUGUUUACCAUAGCUACGCAUAUAUUUCUUCUGUUUAAUCGAUUCCAGUUUAAAAUAGCGACAUCUGUUGACGUGUCAAGGUUUGUUGUUUGCAUAGACGAUGCUACUACAUAAGUAACAUAUAAUACCGGACCGAGUUACUGUUAUCGAUCACGUCAAAGUCUCCUCUUCCCGACUGAUUGUCAGCUUUUCACAGGUGCGAACAGUUACAAUGCCCGAGGAAGCAAGAGCCCCGUACCCCGGGUUCGAUGCUACUGGAACGUACCAGACGCCCCGUCAGGCCCCGAGGGUGAAACCGGAAGCAGAGGAGAUAUCCCGGAAGCACAAAGGUUCAAUCAAUUUAUUCGCAAUCGAUGACAAGGACACAGGCCCUGGGCCCGCACCACCACCUGUUCCAAAAUGUAAUACCUACGCAGCUCAACAAAACUACGAACAUGGCCGGACAGGAAAUGUUGGUACUCUGUUAGGAGGCGGCGUUACCCCCCGUCCUGACCCAGGGGCGUGUCCUAAUGCCAGGGUCAAGCCCGAGGCGUCAGACAUCGCAGACAACCAUAAAGGUAAAGGCACUGCAGCGUUGUUUACCAGCUAUGGUAAUUUACCGAGGUCGGCUAGAACCGAACCAAGGGUCAAGGCCGAAGCACAGGUCAAUGCCUCGAUGGAUCUUGGCGGCCGCAUUAGUUCGAUUUUACACAAUCCAAAAGAUUUACCAGAAACUCCUAAACCUGCUCCAAGAGUGAAAGCAGAGGCAGGGGACAAUGCAUCGUUAGGCAAAGGAAAACAGAUGAAUAAAGUCAUGUGCAGGUACGGUGAAACUCCACGGUCGAUGCGGGGGGUACCACGUGUUAAACCGGAAGCAGAAAACAACGCAACGCUUGAUCAGGGCAAACGGAUGGGCAAGUUGUUCACCAGUUACGGCAACCAACCGACGUCUGCCCGACCCGCAGCUCGAGUGACGGCAGGGGGCGAGGACUCCGCUAAUCUGGACAAGGGCGGCCGGAUGUCCCGACUGAUGCACGACGCCGGUAGCUUCCCAGCUCCAUCGGCACCGGCCCCCCGAGCAACCAACUCUGCAGCAAGGCGGAUUGUGAAGAAAAACCGAGGCACCAUGGGACAAGUAUUUUCACAGACUUCCAAAUGGCAAAUGGUUGCCGAGCCGGGUCGAAGAGGUGCGAAAGCAUUCUAGAGUCAGAUUAGGAUGUUCAUUAUAGUAGAGAUUGAUUCCAACCCUUUUAGUUAAGAAUUGUGUAAUGGGUGAUACGACGAUAAAACCAAAGUCAGAUGUAUAAGUUAGUAUCAUUAGUUUAACUUAAGAACGUAAGAUCUUUGCUGCGAUUUACGAAACUUGGGCCCCGUUAAACAAAGCCGUUUCAGCGCUAUGACUGACUGAAGUCAAUAUAAAGGUAUGGGGUAAAGCAGUGUUCGAAAUACCUGCCUGCCCGACCGUCCGAGACGGGUUGAUUUCAACUCGGGCUGCCAGAUUUUCACAUCCCCCUGCCCGACUGUCGGGUUAUAUUU